CUUGAAAAUACUUGCAGCAGUAACAUCCUAAUAAAUACCGCACAUUCGCAGCUGCAAAACUCACAACAAAUAGCAAAAUGGGCAAGCAUAGAACACCACAACAAGAUGCUAUUUUCAUAGCAUUCAUGGAGAGACACCCACAGAUAGCCAAGAAUUUAAAAGGCGAUAAGUUGACUAUCCAAACUGCCUGGAAGCGGCUGUCCAAGGAAUUAAACAGUGUUGGGCCGCCAGUCAAAGAUCCGACAGAAUGGAGACGUGUGUGGAAGGAUUGGAAGCUCUUCAUAAAAAGGAAAAUUGCAUGCAAUAGACUGGACCCAAAUGGCAGAGGCAAGGCUGCAGUGUACCAAGAUACGCUGACUCCCUUGGAAGAUGCAGUAGCUACAAUAACUGAUCUAUAUGAUGUGGCUAAUACGUCAGUUGAUGCCAAGCCCAAGGGAAAAGAUAAAAAGGACUUAAGUGGCAACAGCUUGCGCUUGCAGAAUAUCAAAACAGAUCAUGAUGAGUUUGAAAAUGACGACGAGGGCGCUGCAAGCUCUGAAGAAGAAUUAGAGGAAGACGAGGAUGAAGAAGAAGAGUACAUUCCGCAAAGAAGCGCCAAAAAACGCAAGAUGGAACAUGAUAGCUUUAAUAGUUUUGCAUCUGCCUCCUUGGAAACUGACAACAAAGUACUUAAAGACAUUGUCAAGGAGCUGCGAAAUUUAAACAAACAAACUAGAUUAAAUGCUGAACGCACUGAGGCGAAUACAGAGGCUUUGCUUGCCAUGGGCUCACAAAUUGCUGAUUUGAUGCAUGAACAAAUUAAAGAGCGCAAGCGUCUCAACUCUAUUAUGGAAAAGUUUGUGCUCAAAAUGCAAUGCAAUGACUAAUGUAUUUUAAACUUACAUAUUUAAAUUUUUAGCAUGUCAGAAUAUAUGUAAUAUUAGUCAGUUUAUAUGCGGAGCCUGUUCUUAAAUAAUUUUUCACACGCGAAUUCGCGCCUAAAACUUCCUUGCCUUUCUGUUGAGAGCGGGAGAAUGGGAAAAAGCGCUGAGAGAGAGAGAGAGAGAGGGCAACUGCCUGCUUAAUUGUUGUUGCUAAGGGAUUGCGCUUCCAAUUGAGUAUAUGCGUUUACCGUUGCUUUUUGGAUGUGCUUACCAAAGGCGUAGCCUGGUUUGCAAAAAAGGGGAUUAAUGAAAG